UGACUUUUGAAAAAUUCAUGCAAAAAAAUUAUCUUUUUAAUUUUUUAUUUAUAACUCGGAUUUAGUCUGUAUGGGCAAGAGGACGUGAUGCACAUGAACAACUGCCGACAGUACUUGAGAGUUCUGAACAGAUGUGCAAAAGUAUUAUGUAGGAGAUAUAAGAGUACAAGGCCAGAAGCAGCUGCUGCUACUGCAGUUAACAAUGGCCAGAUUAACCUGGAUUUGUUCAAACCUGGUAGUGCUCUACAUGGAUACACAGUUCAAGAGGUGGUUCCAGUACCAGAGCUUCAUCUUACUGCGGUAAUGCUUACACAUGACAGGACUGGAGCCAAACAUUUUCACGUUGCUAGGGAUGACACUAAUAAUGUCUUCAGCGUGGCAUUCCGCACAACCCCCAUGGAUAGCACAGGAGUGCCUCAUAUAUUGGAGCAUACGACACUGUGUGGCUCAGAAAAGUUCCCUGUCAGGGACCCAUUUUUCAAAAUGCUAAACAGGUCUAUGUCAACAUUCAUGAAUGCAUUCACAGCAUCAGAUUGGACGAUGUAUCCUUUCUCCACUCAAAAUGAACAGGAUUUCCAGAACCUUCUAUCUAUAUACCUUGAUGCUGUCUUCAAGCCUAGACUACGAGAACUUGAUUUCUGCCAGGAAGGAUGGAGAUUAGAACAUGAGAUUACAGAUGAUCCAAGUUCUCCCAUUGUCUUCAAAGGUGUUGUCUUCAAUGAAAUGAAAGGAGUAUUUUCUAAUCCACAACAUUUAUUCUGUGAAGCAGUGCAGAAUCACUUGAUGCCAAGCCAUACAUACAGCGUAGUUAGUGGAGGGGAUCCAAUACAUAUACCUGAUCUUACCUGGUCACACCUGAAAGACUUCCAUGCCUCACAUUAUCACCCUAGUAACUCCAGGUUUUACACAUAUGGAGAUAUGUCUCUUGAGCACCAUCUAAAGGCCAUAAAUGAGGGAUAUUUACAACAUUUUAACAAGAUUGACCCAAAGACUGAAGUUCCAUCUGAGCCAAGAUGGUCAGAAAUGAGAGAGGCUAGGAUAACAUGUCGUCCUGACCCAAUGGCACCAGAUCCAGAAAAACAGACAACUGUUGCUGUGAACUAUCUGCUAGGAGAUAUAACGGACACAUUUGAGGCAUUUACAUUGAACAUAGUGUGCCAUCUAUUGGUUCAUGGGGAGAAAUCACCUUUUUACCAGUCACUGUUGGAGGCCAACAUAGGAUCUGACUACUCACCUGUAAUAGGAUAUAAUGGUUACACCAAGGAGUCUUCUUUCUCUGUUGGGUUACAGAAUAUUGCAGAAACAGAUGUUGAUAAAGUGUGUAACAUCGUAGAAACAACACUGGAUGAUGUUAUAAAGAAUGGAUUUGAUGAGAAGGCAAUUGAAGGAGUUUUACACAGAAUAGAAUUGGGACAAAAACAUCAAAGUGCUAACUUUGGUUUUAAUAUUGGAAUGAGUAUUGUUUGCAGUUGGAACCACAAUGGAGACCCCAUAGAAGUGUUACAAAUCAACAAACAUGUCACUAGGUUAAAACAAUGUUUAGAAGAUAACCCUCGUUUCCUUCAAGACAAGCUUCAGCAAUAUUUAAAGUCCAACAAGCACACUCUGACUGUGACCAUGACCCCUGAUGAGCAGUUUGAGGCUAAGAGUCAGGAAGAGGAACAAAAUAAACUCAGUUAUCUUGUCAGUCAGCUAUCUGAGUCUGACAAGGAAGAGAUAUAUAAGAAAGGUUUAGAGUUAGCCAAGGUUCAGAUGGCUGAAGAAGACCUCUCCUGUCUUCCUACUCUUAGGGUGGCAGACAUAGACAAAGAUGUUAUAAGAGUACAUACUGACAUUGAAAGUGCAGAUGGCGUCCCUGUGCAGCUUUGUGAGCAACCUACCAAUGGGGUGACAUACUUUAGAGCUGUUGUUGACACACAGUCUAUACCUGCAGACCUGAGGCCCUUCUUGAAACUGUUUACUAAUGUUGUGACUAGCAUGGGUGCUGGAGGUCUAAACUUCAAGGAUUUGGCACAAGAGAUUGAGUUGAAGACUGGAGGCAUGUCAGCAUCUAACAUUAUCUCAGACAAUCACUCUAACCUUGACAUAUAUGAACAGGGAAUCUUGUUUUCAUCUCAUUGUCUGGAUCAGAAUAUUGAAGCCAUGUUCAACCUCUGGGGACAAAUAUUUAACAGUUUAGAUUUAUCAGACAUGAAUCGGUUGACAACCCUGGUGAGAAUGUGUUCUGCAGAUAUGGCUGGUAGUAUAGCUGACCAGGGUCACGCUCUAGCUAUGACACAUGCAGCAAGCUAUCUAAGUCCCAGUGGACAACUCAAGGAACAACUUAGUGGCAUGACUCAGGUGAUGUUUAUGAAGACAAUAGCAGAGAUGGAAGAUCUCACUCCCAUUGUUGGAAAACUUAAACUUAUAGCACAACAUGUUCUCAAUAAAAAUAACAUAAGGUGUGCCUUGAAUGCUGGUGCUUCAACUAUUGACAAUGCAUUGAAAGAAUCCAACAGUUUUCUUCAAACUCUGCCUGGAGAUUGUGCAAGAAGUGCUCCACCCAUAUUGGAACCAUUCAGCCCUUCUCCCUGCAGUGUACAGUAUGAGCUUCCAUUCUCUGUGAACUACAUGGCACGGGUGGUGCGAACUGUACCUUACACACAUGAGCACUUUGCUCCUCUUAGGAUCUUAUCUAGGCUCAUGUCAGCUAAAUAUCUACACAGGGAAAUCAGAGAGAAGGGAGGAGCAUAUGGUGGUGGAGCAGGAGGGGGUUCUCCAGGCUCAUUCUCAUUUUACUCAUACAGGGACCCUAAUUCAAUGCUUACAUUAGAGAGAUUUGAUAAGUCUGUGCAAUGGGCUAAAGAAGGAGGCUACAAAGAACAGGAUAUAGAAGAGGCUAAACUGUCAGUUUUUCAACAGCUUGACAAGCCAGUGUCACCAGGAGAUCAGGGAAUGACACCAUUUCUAUCAGGCAUUGAUGAUGACAUGAGACAGACUCACAGAGACCAGUUAUUUUCUACGGACAAACAGCAAAUACAAUUUGUGGCAGAGAAGUAUCUUUCAAAUGGAGCAGAGAGUGCUACAGCAUUUCUGGGCCCUGCUAAUGAAACAACUGCUGCAAGUAGUACAUGGACUAUAAAGAAAGAUCACUGAUGCCUAAUAUUAUAAUUUUAUGAUGGCAGAAUCAAACAUCAGCUGCACGAACAAUUCAGUCACAUGGUCGUUCAUUCACCCAAAGGAUAUUUUUCCAUCUCAGACUCAUGACCAAUCAGAUAGGUCUUUAUUCAAAAUGUCCCAGUGACAAAGGCCAGGACAGUAAAAGGCCAAAAGCUCAGAAGGGUCUUUUUAAUUAACAAGAAGCAACAGAGAGAGAUAAGGUGAUGAAUGCACAGCGCAAGCUUGAAGAAUAACAACAUUAUGUCCGUUAUGAAUAAAUUGAAACUGUUCUUUGACUGGAAUGGCUCAAGAUGAUUUUACAGUAUUGACUCAAACAUACAUGUACAUGCACAUGUACAUGUAGUAAAUUGAAGUCAAAAAACUUAUAUUACCAGGCUAUAAAAUAAUACAUUUUACAAUUAAUUUACAUCAAUGAAAUAAACUACAAGAAA